GAUUGACUGUCCCACGAUGCAGCAGCAAACCCGGAACACCGGCUAUCCGUGCACCCUCAUCUGCGCGGUACUCCUCGUCCUGCUGUCCAACGGUGUCAGCGGGCAGAAGCAGUAUUCCAAGGCAAGAAAGUUGGAACUGAGGGAGGAUGUGCGGCGCAUGUUCCAGCACGCAUACGAUGGUUACCUGCGCCACGCCUCCAACUACGAUGAACUACGUCCGCUGACUUGCGAUGGCCACGACACCUGGGGCAGCUACUCCUUGACACUGAUCGACGCUCUGGACACUCUGGCCACCAUGGGCAAUUUCACGGAAUUCCGCCGCGCGGCACGACUGCUCGAGGAGAAGAUGGAUUUUGACAGGGACAUCAACGUGUCCGUGUUCGAAACAAACAUCCGCAUCGUGGGCGGGCUGCUGUCCGCGCAUCUGCUCUCCAAGCGGGCUGGCGUAGAGCUAGAGCCAGGAUGGCCCUGCAAGGGACCUCUGCUGCGACUGGCUGAGGAUGUGGCCCGGCGAUUAUUGCCAGCCUUCGUCACGAACACAGGGAUGCCCUAUGGCACGGUGAACCUGCGCUAUGGCGUGCCCAAGGGCGAGACCUCCAUAACCUGUACGGCGGGCGUGGGGACAUUCCUCAUCGAAUUUGGCACCCUCAGCCGGUUGACCGGGAAAACCAUCUACGAGGAUGUUGCUCUGAAGGCGGUGCUUGCUCUAUGGGCAUAUCGCUCGCCCAUUGGACUCUUUGGCAAUCACAUCGACGUGCAGAGCGGUCGUUGGACCGCACUCGACUCUGGUAUCGGAGCAGGAGUGGAUUCCCUUUUUGAAUACCUAGUAAAGGCAUCUGUCCUGCUCAAUCGCCCGGAACUAUUGGAGUUAUUCCACGAGGCUCGCGCGGCCAUUGAUAAGUAUAUGCGCAAGGAGGACUGGUACGUGUGGGUAGGCAUGAACAAAGGCCGCGUCACCCUUCCCGUCUUUCAGUCCCUGGAGGCGUUUUGGCCCGGCAUCCUGAGCAUUAUUGGCGACACGGAGCCGGCCUUGCGCACCAUAUCACGGUACAUUGGGGUCUGGAAGAAGUACGGCUUUCUGCCAGAGUUUUAUAACAUCGCUGCUGGGGAGGCAUCGCCGAAUCGGGAGGUAUACCCCCUGCGACCGGAGCUGAUCGAGUCAGCUAUGUAUCUCUACCGAGCCACAGGAAACGAGUAUCUUCUAGAGUUUGGGGAGCACAUGCUGGAGACCUUGGAGUUCAGUGCCAAAACCAAAUGCGGAUAUGCAACGAUUCGCAAUGUUGUCACCCACGAAAAGGAGAAUCGCAUGGAGUCAUUCUUCCUGGCGGAAACAAGCAAGUACCUUUAUCUGCUGUUUGACGAGGAAAACUUCCUGCACAACGAUGGGUCCGGAGGCGAGCUGUUGUCAACCGAGGAUGAUGUGUGCGUGGUACAGGCCGGUGCCUACAUUUUCAACACAGAGGCUCAUCCCAUGGACAUGUCAGCCCUCCACUGUUGCCACGCCCACAACGAGGACAUCUACACCUCUCUGGAUCUACAGCGAUUUAGUCCGCGGGCGAUAUUGGAAAGGAGCAAAAAGCGGCAGGUAGCUCUUCAGGAACAGUGGGUUCCCCAGUGUCACCCAGAGAACAACGAGUUCUUUAAUAAAGAGGAUGAGAAUGUGCAGGCGCAGGACUCUGGAAAAGAGCAGGAACGCGAGCAAUCCGGCGCAAGCACUACCAUGGCCGUAGAUAUUGAGGUGUUCGACGAGUUUCAACAGCCCGCCGGCGAUCUGUUGGUGAGCAACUUCGAGCAGAUACGCGAGGAGCGGGAGGUAAACGAGAGCCUGCACAGAAAAGUGGUGACCCGAAACCAGUUGACAGUCAGCGAUCUGGAUGAAUUCUUUGCGCAGCGACGGGAGAGUUUUGCAAGCGCCUCCGAGGCUCUUAAUUAUGUAAAGACCUUCAUGGCCAACUAUACCAUGGAUGUAGCCUUUAUACAGGGCUUGCAACUGUACGAUUCUAAUAUGAGUAGUGUAUUGGGCACAGGUGCCCAAAAAGAGUAUGAGUCUCGAAUGAGAACCCUUUGGCAGCUGUACGAACUUCAGCAGCAAUAUGUGGCCAACAUCCGAGUGAUUCAAGGAUUAGGUUUGCUAACUUUUCCGGCGGACGGUGACCGGAUACCUAGCCAUUUGACAGAGGUGUUGGAUAGCCUGGAUAAGUCGGCUCACUUGGAGCAUAUAGAUCCACAAGAUCUCGAAACAAGAGUGUCCAAUACCUCCUCGCCCCAGUUGGUUAAUAUAAGAAAAGUUAUUCUGAAAGCACGUAAUGCCUAUGCCAUAGCCAUGGUCAAUACUUCGGCCAUGCAGGAAUUUGCUAUCCGAAUCUACCUCAGUGGCACUUCGGAGGCCGGCGUGCGCAUUCACCCACUUUUGGAAGACGCAGAACUAAGUCAGGAAGCACGGAAAAGGCCAUUUAAGUUGGCGGAGGAGCGUGACCUCUUCAGCUACGCCCGUCGAAUAGUGGACUUUCGGAAACGAAUGGCGGAGACAGUGGACCGAUUACAGACGCUCAUGCAGGACAUUCCGCCACCCAAAAGGAAAGAGGCCACUGUCGACUCUCAGGACGCCAAUGCAGAUGCGUCUACAGUCUAUACUCAAACCCAAGCCCAAGUGGCGGCGCCAGCACAGAAGCCGGAGCCGAGCCAGGAAGCGAAGCAGUCGACACAAAUUCAAAAAGGAAAGCUUGCCGAAAACGGCUCGGGAUUGGGUGAAGAGGAGUCCGGCUGCGUGUGGUCGCAGUUGGUGCAGACCAUCCUGCGGAAGACCACGGUGCAGCGCGUCAAGUUUGACGAGGCCGUACUCCAGGAAAAUACGCGCAAGGCACUGGAGAAGCACGCCCGCAAGGAGUUACCCCACCAUCUGUUCGCCUGCCACCGGCCGGAGUACAUUGAGGGAUUCGCCUAUCGGGACUUUUAUCCUGAAGCGCUGUAGCAAAGACACUAGAAUAAAAAGAUGCGUAACGACCAUACAUUGGUUUGGCACUAUGCAGCCACUUUUUUGGUGAAGGCCAAAUUUGCUCUCUUUCCGCUCGCUUACGCUGGGAGCGUAAAAAAUCUAAAAAUAGAAUUUUCUUGCUUGUGUGAGUAAAAACAAGAGACGAGAACGAGUAUAUGUGUGCGUCUUGUGCUAGAAAACGAUUUUCGUGCCGAAAUCAAUUCUGAUCGAAGAAACGAAUUUACAUAUUUGGAGUUGUGGCCAAUUUCGUAGCAAUAUGAUGAUGGCGCGCUAUUCUUCCCACCCAAAAGUGCGCGCUUUUUAAAAAUAUGAAAUUGGAAAAGACCAAAAAAAAAAAAAAUUUAACUGAAAGCUGAAUAUAAUGCGCAUUUCAAAUAAUAAAAGCAAAUACAAAGGAAAUUGUUAUAACUACUGUAAUUUGAAACAUAAAUUUUCCAAAAAAGACAUUAUUCUAGUGUCUUUGGCUGUAGCCACGCAACCACCUCACCAACCAACACGACUGAUCUGUAGAUAUGUAUUUAGUUACUUAGAGAUAUUCGCUCUGGUGACUGGGCAACCACAUAGAUAAGUCUCACGCAGAUUUUAUUCCAUCUCAAUUCACUCAGAGAACAAUCACCUCUAACGGUCAUGAUAUUUGUAGUGCUGUACUUUUUACUUUUCUAUCGUUUUAAAACAUUUACAUUUUUGUUUAAAUUGUAAACUGCAUACAUAUAUGUAAUAACCAAACCAGCAUACCAUUUCCUGGAACUUCAACUUCUUGUACAAUCAUGUCUACCAGCGAUUUCUUAUAGCUUAGUUAAGAUAAGAUUAUAGAUCAUCGAAAUUAUGUAUAGUUGACGAACAAGUGCGAAUACCCCUUCUACCGUGCGAAACCUCAAGUGGUCCUACUUGUGCCGGCAAUUAAUUUAUUUAGCAUGUGAACCCGCAACUUUUGGAGGUUUUCUAAAUACCUUACCAAGGCUUAAACAAAUUUAUAUCUGUAAUAAUCGUAUUUAUGGUUCGAGUGCUUGUGUGCGUGUAAACUAUUUGCGAUGACUGUUGUUGGCUGUAUUGUAAUUAAAUUGAUUUAUUUCCGUA